GAAAGGAAUAACCUAACCCAAUCCUUAUCACAGUGAUAAAUGGCAGUAGUUAAGACACUGGCGAUAAUUAUCAUUUCAAUGCCAAGCAUAUAUACAUAUAUUUGAGAUAAACAUGUAAUCCUUCAAUUCAACCGUUUAGAAUAACGUUUGUAUGGCAACAAGAUCUGACAAUAAAAUGCAAUUCCCCGAACUAGUCGACAACAAGAUAAAUACCGAGAAGUUUUUGCAAGCCGCUCACGAUGUCGUGCAAACAGUUGAUAAAUUUGGCAAAUUGUUUGCACCUGUACGAUAUGACAUGCAAGGCAAUAUCGAUAAGCUUACUACCAGAUACUCUAUGGACAAAAUUGCCAACUCGACUCUACAAGACAUGAUCUUACUUGAAAAAUCAACGGAAAAAGAUCUUGUUGCGGUUGAUGCUUUAAUGUGGUUACGAAGAGCCUUACACAUGAUUUUAUUACUCUUUGAAAAAAUCGUAGAGACUCAUAAAACUGGAGAAGCAACAGAAGAUUUAAUUAUAUUCUUAAGAGAAGCAUACAAAGAAACUUUAGAACCAUAUCAUGGUUGGAUGACGCAGCAAUUAUUUAAUCUCUUGUCACGUAUGAUGCCAACUCGAUCGCAACUCUUACUAGCAUUAGCAAAUGGAGAAACAGGAAAAGAUGAAAUUAUUUUAAGGAACAUGGAGCUAUCUCUAGUGAAUCUAAGGAAAAAUGUAAUAGCUUUGAGAACCUUUUAUAAUGAUCAUGAUUUAGAAGUGACUACAGUAGUAUAAUAUAAAAUAUAUUAGAGUUUACAUAAUAUCUUAUAGAAAAGAAUACUGCCUAUAAAAAUAUAUAAACAGGUUAUAUGUAGGACAAUAUAUGAUAAAGAUAGAGGAAAUUAUAUACAUGUUUAUUUUAUAUAAAAUUAUAUAUUCCUAUAUAUUACUUACAUAUGUAGUUUAACAAAGUACAAAAGUUAUUAAUAUGUAACAUAUCAUCUGUUUUAUGUUUUGUUAAGUCUUACGACGUAUUAAUAAUAAUAUUGUCAAAUGUUGAAAGCAAUAAAAUAAAUAUUAAUAUAUGAAA